AUGGUGCAGAGCUGGGCAGCGCACCCCAAGCAGGGCCAGCAGCCCACGGAAGAGGCGGCCGCAUCCCUCAGCCCGCCGCUCGACCCGUGCGCCGACCUGGCCGUGGGCCACAAAGGCCGGCGCAGGGGCUGCCAGUGUGCGCUCGGGCAGCGGAGUGGGCGCUGGGCGUGGCGGCUUGCAGAUGCCAGCCGUCGUCCGCGCAGGGUGUGCCGUGAUUCUCUGGAGCGCAGCCGCCACAGCGGCCGCCGCCGCGGCCGUUGUCGGGUGAGUUCGCCGAGCCCCAGGGCCGCCCCACCAGCGGCUGCUGCUGUGAAGCCUCACGCCGUGGACGUCGGCGGCGCGGGCCCGCCCUCCGGAGAGAGAGAGAGAAGCGCGGGCGCGCCGGGCCGCGGCGCCGCUGUCACCGGGGCGGGAGCUGAGAGGCCGCACCGAUCGCGGAGGCAGGAGAGAGGCGCCAUGCCGAGACGAGGCGCUCCAGGCCGCGCGGGGGCCUCAGGUCACCCGGCGGCGGGGCUCACCUCCCGGAGGCGGGCCGUUGGAGGCCUUGAUGGGCCAGGGCGCUCCGCGGGGAGCGCGCGGCCUGCCGCGUGA